GUCCCUUUAUUAAACAAUCACAACUCCAUUAUUUUCAUCUUCAACAUUCCUAUCUUUGUUCGAAAUUGAAACUUUUGUAUGAAUUUUUCCAGUUCUCCUUUCACGGACGUUCUAAUUUGAAGGAAGCAUGUCUUACUCUUACCUUUUUAAGUUUAUUAUCAUCGGCGAUACUGGAGUGGGAAAGUCGUGUCUUCUUCUUCAAUUUACUGACAAGCGUUUUCAGCCUGUGUAUGACUUAACUAUUGGAGUUGAGUUUGGGGCAAGGAUGAUUACAGUCGAUAAUAAACCCAUUAAGUUACAAAUAUGGGACACGGCCGGUCAGGAAUCAUUCAGAUCGAUCACAAGGUCUUACUACAGAGGGGCUGCUGGUGCACUUUUAGUCUAUGAUAUAACAAGGAGGGAAACCUUUAGUCAUUUGGCUAGCUGGCUAGAAGAUGCAAGGCAGCAUGCAGUCCCAAAUAUGACAAUCAUGCUGAUAGGCAACAAGUGUGAUCUUGCGCAGAGAAGGGCUGUCAGCACGGAAGAAGGAGAGCAGUUUGCAAAAGAACAUGGACUUAUUUUCAUGGAAGCAUCUGCUAAAACUGCUCAGAAUGUUGAGGAGGCUUUUGUAAAAACGGCUGCAACAAUAUACAAAAAGUUGCAGGAUGGAGUUCUCGAGUUGAAUGGGCAUAAUGGAAUCCAAGUUGGUAAUGUUCCAAUCCCAGGCUUGUCUGGUGGCGGGAGUGUUUCUUCUCAAGGUGGAGGUUGCUGCAGUUGAUAUUUGUUGGCAAUAAUUGAAGAGCACUCUUUUCCUGUCGUCCAACAAUUCAUGUUCAUUCUACAAAUAUCGCAUUGCAACAUUACUUGUGUGGUGUCGUUAUGUCUUUCUGCAUUUCCCGUCUAUUUUACUGUAAAUUAAACUAUAGAUUACCCUUGUCGCUGGUUGUACCAAGAAAGUUCUGUUCGAGUAAAAUGCAUACGUUAUGCCAAGUUGGGUACAUCCGGAAAUGAAAUUGUAUCUGUAUAUUGCUGGAUGAUGCUAAUGAAUAUCUCCGAAAUCGGGUAGAUUGUGUGUAAUUUAGGCUUCUGUCUCUCUUAUAUUGCCAAUCAAUCAUCAUGGAAUA